AUGGCCGUCUGCUGCAUGGAGGCGGUGACGGCGUUCGACAUCGGCAAGGAAUACUUUACGAAGAUGCGGGUGGACGACGCGAUAGUUGGGGUGCACUCUUCGGAGGCAAAGCAGGUGACCCCGCCGUCGACGAUUGUGUCGUCGUGGUAUGCGGCAAUGCAGAAGGGGAAGCCGUCUUCGGGCAACGGGAUUGGACACGGGUGUCCUGCGGACUCCACGCUCUGCGGCGUGGUGAGGCUCGACACGGCAGACGAGGCGAUCCAGCUGUUGAGCGUGCGGGAGGAGGACGGGAAGUACGCGUACGACGAGCAGAGGGGUCUCCGUGCAGAGUGGAGCGGGGUGGCGUACGGCGACCUGACGCUGACCGUGGUGCUCGACUUCACGUGUGUGGACUCGGCCGAGGACCGCCUGGGGUGGGUGAACCACACGUCGGCGUUCAUCGACGGCGACGUGCAUCUUGCGUGGAGCAACAAGCAGUUUUGCAGCAAGGACGGCCGCAGCGGCGGUGGCGACGGCGGCAAGGACGGCGGCAAGGACCCGCAGGACAGCGGGCUCGGCCUGUUUGGCAUGUUCUUCCUGAUUGGCGCCGUGGCGUUUGCCGGGUACCUCGUCGCCCAGGCGUGGUUCAACACGAGCACGAUGGGCAACUCGAGCGACUUCUUCAACGAGUUGGUCGACAUUGUCGUCGACAGCAUCUCGUCGAUCCCGCGGCUCGUACUCGAGGUGGUGAACAAGAUCACCGGCGGCGGCGCCGCCGGCAACGCCUCCCGCGGCGGGUAUAGCGCUGUGUAG